CCGGAUUCCCCCCCACUCUUAUUCAGUUCCCAUUUGAUAACACUCCCAGUUGUCAUACACGAGUACCAAGGUACGUUCAACAACGCUGAGACUGAAGGUCGAAAUUUUGCUGAGGUGGCAUUGAUAGGGAAUAGCAAAAGCGGAAGUAUACUGAGUAUUGUCUAAACGUUUCCCAGUGGCUCACUACCAUGGCUUCAAAAAAACUAAAGAUUUUUAGUGGGCGUAGUGGGUUUAAUACCAAACUGGAACAUGACAAAUUAAUAGAUAGUAUUUUUGGUACAAUCUAUGGUAACUGUGUUGGUGAUGCUAUUGGACUGCUGACAGAAUUCAUGGCGAAACCAGAAGCUACAGACUGGUAUGGUCAUGAGAAGGAACUAGAAUUGAACAUGAAAGAAAGAUUGAAUCGUCAAGGUUACAGGUGUCAUCAAAGUAGAUGGAAAACUGGUGACUGGACUGAUGACAGUGAUCAAAUGAUCCUGAUACUACAAUCAAUAAUAGAUAAUAAGGGAAAGGUUGAUCCAACAGACUUUGCAAAGAAAAUGCUUGACUGGGCACACCAUGGUUUUCCGGAGCUUGGUGACACUGGGGGUAUGGGUAUAGAAAAUACAACAUAUCAAGUUCUUACUCACAAUGCGUUUAAAGGACCUAAACCACACAAGGCAGCAGAAGCUGUAUGGAAAUCUAGUGGAUGUUUUCUGGCAACCAAUGGUGCUGUUAUGAGGACCUCCAUACUUGGCAUUCAUAACUUUGAUGAUAAGGAAACAGUUGUCAAUAAUACAAAAAAGAUUUGUAAAACAACUCAUGCUGAUUCGAGAUGUGCCGCAUCAUGCGUAGCCGUAACAUCAGCAAUAGCAAUGAUGUUAAAAGGUGACCGACAUAGAGGUUUAAAUGGUGAAGUUGUUGCUGGAGGGAUAAUUGAAGAUGCCUUUCAUGAAGCUAAAAAAUGUCUUUCUACCAAUACAGAGAUAAAUGAACUACAUUGGUAUAUGAAUGUAGAGAAAAUAGAUGAGCUAAAAUUAGAUGAGUCUGCUAAGAUUGGUUAUACGUAUAAGUGUCUUGGUGCUGCAUUUUGGGCUUUCAAACAGAAUGAUUUCAGACAAGCACUGACAACAAUUGUCAGGGAGGCUGGUGAUGCUGACACUAAUGGUGCUGUUGCUGGUGCCCUAUUGGGAUGUAAACUGGGAUUUCACAAAUUACCCAAAUCAUGGACAGAUGGUCUACUACACAAGAAUUGGCUAGAAGCAAAGAUAAAACAAUUUUUGGGGAUAAAAAUGGGAUCACUUGUCAAACAAAUGACGGAAACAACUGCUGAACAAGUUCCAGAUUUAAAAAAAUAA